AGCCACAAAAAUGGUGAGGGCCUCCAGAUUCCCCGAAAGCGAAACGUCGACGGCGGCUCCUCCGCUCCUCUCCUCCUCUCCUUCCUUCCCUCUCCCUUCGCCAUUCGUAUAUUUGUGGCUGAAGAGCUCUCUACUUCCUCCCUUCUUCUGCCAUCUUCUUUGUCCCUCUCUUCGCUCCCCGGUUGGCUUUUUUUUCGAGAAUUUCUUCGUCUAUGUUGAAUCCCCAAGCCUGGCUUGUUUGUUUGUUGGAGAAUAUUCAGAUGUCUGGAAUAUAACUUGGAAAACCCCAAUGUCUUGUUGGCUAUGAAGCAACCAUGUUGAUGAUACAUGCUUCAACGUCAAUAAGAAGUGUGUGGACUGAUGGAGAAUCAAAACCAUUUCUUCAAGCCAGUCCAGGCAGCAUUCUACAAGCUAAUUACAUGAGUAACACUGUAGCUUUUCCGAAUUCCUUGGAAAGCCAAGUACAAAAAUCAUGUACCUUUUCAAGCUUUAAGUAUCACUCUAGCAGAUUAAGAAGUCAUCAUCUGUGGGGAGCUUGCAAAGAAGGAAUCACAAAGAAUUGGCUGCGUUGUUUGCAUAUUAAUGCAUCAAUGGAUGAGGACUAUCGCUCUUCCCGUAACAUUGCAAUCAGCCUAUUUAAACGGUAUAGGAAUGUGAUUGAUCGUGGAGGUGGCGACAGCUUAAAAGAAUUUAUCAGUGCUGGGGUGAAUGCAUAUGCACUUGGAUGUACUGAUGAGGGUUUAAGAAAAGAACUUAUGAAUAUAAAGGAUUCUGGCAUUGAGAUUGAAGGACUACAAACUUACGGUGGAGGAACAAGCGUGAAGUUCAAAAUUCUUGCUGAGGAGGUGCAUGAGUGCAUUUUGUGGUUGAGCAUUGUCUUUAUCACUAUCCUAUGCACGCCACAACCAACUAUUGUCAGAUGGUCUUCUACAUCACCAGUUUCAUCUGAAGUUAUGCAUCAGUGGAGAGGAUUUUGUGCUCUCAUAGCUAAUGCUUAUUAUACAAGAGGAAUGGCAUGGCUACCGGUGAAGACUCUACAACUAGAACAAAUGGCUGUGUUGGGUAGCUCUGAGGAGCCAUCAGUUGUGGCAAGUCGGAUGCGAUUAGUGUUUAGCACACUAGAGGUGGUGAGUCCACAGUGGCCAAGAGUUUAGCAUAAUUUUUGCUUCAGGCACACAAUUCUUCUAAAUUCUGUGUAUAUGCGAACAACCAUCUCAGCAAAAUGAAGCAGAGUGUUUGCUCCAUAGGGGAGCUUUUCAAUCCAAAAUCAUUCAAGUUUGGCAAAAAUCGGUUGUAACCUUGAUUAAUUGAGACAAUUUAUUUCUUAGUAUGAUUUUGCAAUGUUUAUAUUUGUUUACAGAGUAUCAUUUAGAUAUUACACAUAAAGUUGAGAAGGAAUCCUGUUACAUGUAUAUUAGUUCUUCUGUAUCUGUUGUCUGCAUAGGCUGGCUCUAAAUUUCUGACAAGGAUAUUAAGAGGGGUUCAAAAUAUAUGUAGCUUAAACUUUGUUGCAAGGAUAGUAGGAAGGGUAAUAAAUCAUUGGAUUUCUUUUA